AUGAUUGACCACAUUGACCAUAUCGUGCUCACCACCCACAACCUCAACCAAUGCAUUGAUUUCUAUACUCGUGUCUUGGGAAUGCAAUUAGAAUCCUUUGGAAAUAACAAUGAACGUAAAGCUCUCAAAUUUGGAAAUCAAAAAAUUAAUAUACACGAAUAUGGAAAGGAAUUUGAACCAAAAGCUCAUUUACCAGUUCCUGGUUCGAUAGAUAUUUGUUUUAUUGCUUCAAUUCCAUUGGAAAAAGUUAGAGAAAAGAUUGAAAGUGAAAAUUGGGAAAUAAUUGAGGGUCCAAUUUUGAGAACUGGAGCAAUUGGUAAAAUUACAUCAAUUUAUAUAAGAGAUCCAGAUUUGAAUUUGGUGGAAAUUGCUACGUAUAAUCAAUGA